CACUCACUUCCUGCCAGUACACAAAAGCAGCGUCAAUAUGAACCCCAUGUUUCCGGUAAUGCGUCCUUUUCGGCAGCGGCUAUUUCCUCGCCAACAUGCCUCUCGCAAAAGACUUGUUGCACCCAUCCCCUGAGGACGAGAAGAGGAACCACAAGAAGAAGCGUCUUGUCCAGAGCCCCAACUCAUACUUCAUGGAUGUUAAGUGCCCAGGAUGCUACAAGAUCACAACGGUGUUCAGCCACGCCCAGACGGUCGUACUGUGUGUGGGUUGCUCCACAGUUCUGUGUCAGCCCACUGGAGGCAAAGCACGUCUCACAGAGGGAUGCUCGUUCAGGAGGAAGCAGCAUUAGUUGUUCUCCUGAUGCUCCCAGUGUAAGAGGGAGGAGUUGAACCGGUUGAUUUCAGAGACACCAGCCUCAAAACAGCAGUGACUGCAUCCAAGAAUCAAGUGGGCCCAGUUCUCACAACUCUUGAAUGUGAUUCCUUCUCUGUAACUGGACUCUCCAACACUGUGUCCCUCAAUAAAAUAUUGUUUUGGCUAAA